UAUUGAUUAUUUUAACUUUGUUUACACGGGCGUGCAUCAUGGAUAUUGCCGGCAUGUCGUAAAAAGAGUUGCGCAAAUAGUCGCAAAAUAUAAUUUGAUUUGAGUGAUACACAGGUACUAUUUUUUCUCUCUCCGACAUGGCGACGACGGCUAUAGAGAUGAUUUUAAACCAACUGGAGUGGCAGGACGGUUUUCGAAUUCCAAUAGCUAAUGAGGAGAACAAACGUCUGCAAGAAGAAAUUGCCCAAAAGACUAAGCAGAAAGCUUCCUUAAACGCGCAACUUGAGAGCUUGGAGGAACGGUUAAAAAUGAUCAGAAAGUACGAGGGUGACAUAGCGGUGCAGCACGAUUUCAAUCAGAAGCUGCUCACGGACCAUUUGGCUCAAUUGGAGAUGGAGGACCAUUUUUAUCGGCUGAGCAACAACACGGAAUCGUCUUUGCGGCAAGAAGCGCGUGAAUUUGAAAAAGAAUGGACGGAUAUCAAUCGGAGAGUGUCAAAUGUGGAGAAACAGUUGUUCAGAAUGGCAAAUAAGCUGGCCGAAGCGAAGCAAACUGUUAAGUUUGACGAGAAGAGUUUGAGCAAAUGGAAAGAGAAAAUUGCGCAGAAAGAUGAGGACAAUCAGCUGAUAGAGAGUUACAUGAGGCAGGACACGCAGAAGUACAAGGAAUUGGAACACGAACGGCAGAAGUUUACCACAGAACUUGAGACUUAUCGUCAGACCGUCGUUAAAGCCGUUGACGAGAUACAAGAGAUGGAAAUCGUUCUGGAUCGCACUACAAAAUUUCACACGGAAGCGUUGAAAGAGCGCAAACAAAUGAUAAAUCAGUGGACGCAAAGUAUUUCCAUCCUACAACAGAGAGACAGUGAUAUACAGAAUUGUUUAAAAGAAAUCGAAACAUUGCGGGAAAUUGGCAAGGAGAAAAAAACUAAUUUGGAAGAGGUGGAGAAAUUUUUGCAGGAUCAAGUUUUGAAUAACAAACAACUGGAAGAGUCAAUAAAACAAUCGGAAAAGCAACUUCAAUUGCUGCAAGAAAACCAACUCAAAGUCACAGAGGCAAUUGGCGGUUACACCAUUGAGGUUCAGAUUCAGAAAAAAUUAGUAGUGGACUUGGCGCGUCGCAUACAGCAAGUUCGAAUUAAUGCGAAGGGCAAGAAGAGUGAAAUUGAAAAUAAAUACAACAAGAUAAAUAAUUACAGGAAACGAAUUGACGAUUUAACGUUGACGUUGGAAGAAAUUGAGAGCCAGAAGUUGAACGUCGAAGAGAGAACGAAACGCUUGGAAAAGAUGGUUGAACAUGAUGAAAAACAGAAGUCUGUGAUUGUCAAGGAAUUACGCCGAUUGCAAAAUUCGAUCUUACGCGCUUCGACAAAAAUCCUAGAAUUGGAAAACGAAAGAAAAACCGUGCAAAUGCAGAUGCAAAGCGAACAGAGAAAAUCGGAUCUGCUCGGCAAGUUGCAGAUAAAAGAGACGAAACUUCUGAACGAAAGGAAAGAAAGUCUCUAUCAAGUAAAAUUCAACGUUUAUAAAUGCGAGAUGAGAUUUGAGCGGAUUAAAGGAAUCGUACAUGACACAACCGAAGCUGAGAAGAAGCAGAAGAAAGUUGAGGAGUUGCAAGCUUCGUUAAGCGACAAACUAGCCACAUCCAAGCUGCUACAGCAUCAGAUUGCCGAUUUGGAACAUGACAUAAGAAGGAUGUCUAUUUGCUUGUCGAGCGAGAACGUCGAACUCGAACGGCUGCGAAAUAAGAAGCAGGACUUAUUGUUAUUGUUGGACGGAGGGGAGAAGCGAUUGAAAGCUGCGCGGUCCCAAAACGAAGACAGACAAGUGGAGGAGAAUAUAAUGCGUCUUCGGGUGUCGCAACUUCAGCAAACGACCUCGAACGUGAGCGACAAGGUGUACGGUCUGGAGAAGUAUCGUCUUCGUCUCGAAGCGGCGCUCAAGGAACGCACAACCGAGAUCGCAGCGCAGAAGGAAGCGCUCGCCGUGCAGAAGAGAAUAGUCGGUAACGAGUGCUCGGAGUUGAGCGUUGCCAUUUCCGAGAGAAAAGCUCGGAUACGGCAGUUGCAGGCGCGAUACGACAACGUCGUCGCUAUGUUAAGCGUUACUUCUGACGGAGCGCCGAUGAGCACCGCGUAUCUGAAGAUACAGAACGCUCAGGAACGAUAUAUGUUGCGGGAACGAGGUGAUAAAUUGGACGAAACUAUCGGUCGCACCGAACAAGAAAUACUCAGCAUGGAGAACACGUUGCGCGUGGUGAACGUGUGCAACGACAAGUACAGAGACAGUCUGAGUAUGGUGGAUCAGGACGGACCGGAGCACACAACGCAGAAAAGACUCGACGAGCAGAUGCGCAACGCGCGACAAGACCUGCAGCGAAAGCAAAAACAGCUGCAAGAAUUGUUCGACGAAUUGCAGAAAGCGCAGAAUGAUUAUACUCAGCUGCUUGAUGACAUUGAGAAAGCGAAGGAAGAGAAGGAAAACAAGCAACGUUACUUGUCGGGUGUCGAGAAACAGACUGUGGAGCAAAGGGAGAAGAUAACCAGAGCCGACAAGAGUCUUCACAAGGCGCAAAAGGAUAUACAAAAUUUGUAUAUCUCUAAUACGGACGAUAUCAUUCUCUUACAACAGAGAGAGGUGGAAUUGCGAGAACUUCAGCAGAAGAACGCGUUAGUUCUUCAAGAUAUCGCGGAGUUUACGAUUCGUCACGUGGAGGCUGAGGCGUAUGUUAAGAAAUUAUUGCUCGCCAAGAAUAUCGAAUUACCAUGUUUUAUCCCGUCAACGAGAUCGUCCGCCAGUCCAGGCGCGAGUUCCGCGGCUUCGUUAGGUCAGCCUGUGAAAAGCGGAAGCCGCAUAAGCGGUUUCGCGUCGUCGAGGGAGAGUAUUGGCAGCGUGAUUAAGAUAGAACCACGCUUUGAAGAUUCAGCAAGUAACGUACCAAAACAUACGACGAAGUCCGAUCCGUAUUCCACAAGAGUAAUUUUAUCAAAGCGAUCUGUCACGCACAAGAAGCAACAAUUGCAGAAGAAAUAAACAAAAUUCGAUUAUAAUACAAGAUCAAUAAGAUUAUAGCGGCGCGAAGAAAAU